GAUCAUUCAGAAUCUGAAGUGGAGGAAGCUGCAUACCACCAGCUGCUGAACCACCUGAGGACCACACAACUAUAGUUGAAUCCCCACCAUCACUGGAUGACUUACCUGGCGUGGAAGCACCAGUAUCUGCAGCCCAGCCAUCUGUAGUAGAAUUCCCAGUGUCUGCAGACCAGCUGGCUGUCAAGAAACCACCACGUUCUGAGCACCACUUCCUGCUCAUUGCAUAGUCUGCAUCCAGGGAAAGCUCACCUGAGAUCAAAUUACCUUUAUGUGAACUUCCAGGUUUCAAAGUUAAGAUGUACACCUCUGAAUCUACACAGGAUGGCAGUAACACUAUUGAGACUGUCUUGUCAGCAGCAGAGAUUACAUUUGAAUCAUUGGAGAAUCCAGAAGCUUUUGGAGACCCCUAUCAAGUUGCAAUGAAUUAUGUGGAGGAACAUAAAAUUCUACAGAUAUUUCAGGAUAUCACAGAAAAACUGCUGGUCCAAAAGCCUGAUGACCCCUUGCAGUUCAUAUUGCAGGAGGUGCAAUCUAUGAUAAAUGCCAGGCAAGCAGAACCAGAGAGACUAUCGGAAUAGAACAAAGAUGUGUAGGUGCUUCUAGAAGAGUGCCUGCACACUCCUUUUGGCCUCCAUUGACCUUGCUGUUGUGGUAUUGC